AUGACCGAGGCGGCACAGCUCAUGUUGACGGCGGACACCACUUGUCUGAAGGUCUGCGAGCGUGCCUAUCAGCUGGUAUCCCGGCAAGCACCGUUGGAAUGCCACGACUAUUACAACGGAACGGUUGCUUAUCAGAUCCGGGGUGAUUUUGAUUGUGGAGGCGGCCCGGGUGACCGGUACUAUCAGAUCGUUUCCGGUCAGGGGUAG